AUGUCUCGCCGAACUUGGCACAAAUGUUUCUCUUCUACUUCUGAAAGUGAUAUCAUCUCUUUGACAAAAGAAAAUAAAGGUUCUACUUAUCGUACCGAGCAUUGUCAAGCCGGUAAAACUACUACAUAUCGUUGUACGGAAUACAGAAAACAGCCUCUUUGUCUUUUUCAAUUAAAGUCAAAAGAAUCCAAUAAUAAAUUUACAGUAUUUAAAUCUGAAUCGCAUAAUCAUGAUCAACGUAAUGAUGCAACUCGUCUCAAAUCGCCUAUUCGUGAUACUGUUCAACAAAUGUCGGAUAAAGGUAUGACACAAACACAAAUCAGAAAAGCUGUGUCAGUAAUUCAUCCAAGUUUAACCGUAGACACAAAAAUGAAAAAUAUUGUCCAGUAUAGUCGUUUAAAAACUCGUAAAACUAUUGAUAUUAAUCAUAUAUUUAUUUGUAUUACUACACGUCAGUUAUUAUCUGCGUGUAAAUAUUCAUCUACAUUAGUUAUUGAUUGUACAUAUAAAGUAACAUGGAAUGAAUUACCUUUACUCGUUUUUGGAACAUCAGAUUUAAAUCGUCAUUUUCAUCCAUUAGGAUUAUGCUUAAUAUCAACAGAUGAAUCAGCAGAUACAUUUAAAACUUUAUUUCGUGUAUUAAAAUCAUGUGUACCACUAAUCUACUAA